AUUGAUUGUUUCGAUUAUCGUUUUUCCAUUCACAUCAUCAGUAUUCGAUAUAAAAUUCUUUAAAAAAAGUUUUUGAUUUAAUUUUUUUCCCCAUUCAUCAAUGAUGAUGUGUUUGUUAUUAAAUUUUUUUCAAAUGAAUUAUUGAAUGAAUAACGAGUGAAUAAAAAAAAUGCCCAAAAAACUCGGUGUAAAUACCAAAGCUGUGGAAGCAAAAAUUCGUAAAGAAUCAGCAAAAAAAGCUAAAGAAGAACAGAUUCAAAAACAAAAAGAAGAUGAAUAUUGGCGUGAUGAUGAUAAAUUGAUUAAUCGAAAACUUGAGCGACAUCAACAACGUGAAUCCAAAAAACAUGAACAAGCUCAACGUAAAGCACAGAAUCGUGCCGCAUAUGAAGAAGAAAUGAAAAAUAUUCCAAACACAUCGGCCAAGACUAAGGAUAAUGCGAGUAAAGUGACAAGAUCGCAAAUACAAAUGUUUGUCGAUAAUAAGAAACAAAAAGAAGCUGAUAGUGAAUCCAAAGAACGUAAUAAAGAACCAACACAUCUUGAGGUUCCAUUAGAAGAAAAUAUUAAUCGAUUACAAAUCGAAGGUGAUGAAGCCCGAAACAUCGAUGAAGCCAUCACAAUUUUAAGUAAUAAUGAAGCAGAAAUUGAUCGUCAUCCGGAACGACGAAUGAAAGCUGCUUGGGCCGCAUAUGAGGAAAAACAUUUGGCUCGCAUUAAACAAGAGAAUCCUUCGUUGCGAUUAUCACAACUGAAAGAAAUGUUAAGAAAAGAAUUCAUUAAAUCUCCGGAAAAUCCAAUGAAUCAGAUAAAGGCAAACUAAAGCAAUUUAUGAUGAGAAAUAAUAAUUUUUAAUAAAAUUUUAUUUCAAAAUUUA